AUGGACGAUGGGCCUUCUUGGUCACCACUGAUGGUGGUGGUUAUGGAUAUGGGUGGGUUUGUGAAGAUGCCAUCCUACGCUAAGUUCCUUAAAGAAAUUCUUUUAAAGAAAAGAAGGUUGGAAAACUAUAAAACUGUUGCUCUUACAGAGGAAUGUAGUGCCACAUUGCAAAACAAGCUACCACUAAAGCUUAAGGAUCCAAGAAGCUUCUCCAUACCUUGUUUUAUUAGAAACAUGAAUAUAGAUAAUGCACUCUAUGAUCUAGGUGCAAGUGUGAGUUUGAUGCCUCUAUCAAUAUGUCAAAAGUUGGAUGUAAGAGAGCUCAAACCCACAAUAAUUUCACUGCAAUUGGCUGAUCAGUCUCUCAAGUACUUGAUUGGCAUCCUAGAAAACAUCCCCAUCAAGCUAGGAAAAUUCUUCAUUCCUGUUGAUUUUGUUGUCCUGGAGAUGGAAGAGGAUAUCCAAAUUCCUAUCAUCCUGAGAAGACCUUUCUUGGCAACCACCGGAGCUAUCAUAGAUGUUAAGAAUGAGCGGUUAACUCUCAAGGUAGGAGAUGAAGAAGUGGAAUUCAACCUAUUCAGAGCGAUAAAGCACAAACUUGAACCUGAUGAAUGCUUAAUGGUUGACAUAAUUAAUAAGCUAGUUGAAGAGGAAUUUCACAAAAGACAUCCCGAAGAUCCUCCUGAGGCAUAUAUAAUGCACAGCCACAUAGCAGAUAAUGAAAACACAAAAAUUGCAACUUGUGCACAAUCUUUAGAAGCUAGCCUAUCCCUGCCCUUACCUUAA